UGAGGCAAAGGCCCAGGGGAAGAGAUUCCAAGGUAGGCCAUGGCUGGGGGUGGAAUGCUGGGGGGCAGUUUCCAUUAAGGCAAGAAAUAGCAUCUCUCUCCUGCAAGCCUUUGUAUCACACGUGCUCUACGCACAGGCCUUGGAGUGAACAGUGCCCUAAAUUUGGGGAGAGAAAGCUGGCGUCUUCCAGUGGUUUAUAUGAGACUUUGGGAAAAUUACUUCUCCCCUCAGCAUCACAAUCUUUAGAGGAGGAAGGCUGGACUAGACGAUCUGUGAGGUUCCUUCUUCCCACAUGCCGCAGGAAAUCCUUCUCAGGGCUUAAGGAAUGCGACUCUUUUAAUACCCCCCCAAAGCUCCAUAGUACUGUUCCCACGGGGCCCCAGGAGCCACAUGCGGCGCUAACCAGUACGCCCCAGGGCCUCAUAAAUAAUUCCUCACACCCAAGCUCCCAAUCCGUUCCACUUCCUUCAGACCCGCGCCACUUAACAGAACCACGAACUCUAGACUACACCUCCCGACACGCCCCUACCGGCCCCGACUGCUCCCAACACGCCGGGCUUGGGCGCCCGAGCCGCAGUGCCCAGCGGGAUUUGUAGUCUCCUCGUGGCUGGUUCAGAAGGAAUGAGCUAGUCCUCUGAACGUUGAGAUCAGUUUCUAGAGCCGAAAGCCCGAGACCUUCCCCCGCUCCGGAGCGCACAGGGUUUUAAGCCGAGAAGCCCUGGGAAGCCACUCACCGUCAGGGGCCGCUGGGGCUGAGGCUGCGCCAUCGCCACUGUCGGCGGCCAUGACACGGCGCGCCCCUCGCUUGAGUAGUUGAAUGGAGGUUUGGACUCCAUGACGGCUCAAGGCUGUUUCAUGUGCUGCAUCUCUACCAGAUAAACUUCCUACCUGCCCUGUGCUUCUAGACACACGUAAUGAACCCCUGUCCCUACACACAGUCACAGUGAGCAUCCAGGAUACACAGGUAUAUCCAGCCCAGCCCUGGCCUCUUCUUUUGUGGGUCUCCAAGAUUAUGCUCCACUGGUCAUACCUCAGUGCCACAGCCAGCCAGGGGCCAACCCAUGAGCAUCUGGAGGGCCAUCAUGAAGAAGCCACGAACAGCUAUGAAGAGUCAUCAGAGGGAGCGGGCACCCUGCCAGGAGGGAAGGGAGAAGCGUGUUCUCAGCGGCCGCCAGGUCAAGCCUUCUACCCCCAAUGACUUGGCCAGGCGGAAGGAGGGGGUGCUGGUGCAGGCGUCUCUCUCCCCGUACCAUCUCUUCAGAGACACAGCUGACGUCAUAGUCUUUCGGGAGAACCUACUGAGCUGGUACGACCGAGAGAAGCGGGACCUACCCUGGAGAAGGCGGGCAGAGGGUGAGGUGGAUCCAGACAGGCGGGCAUACGCUGUGUGGGUCUCAGAGGUCAUGCUGCAGCAGACCCAGGUUGCCACGGUGAUCGACUAUUAUACCCGAUGGAUGCAGAAGUGGCCAACGCUGCAGGACCUGGCCAGUGCUUCCCUGGAGGAGGUGAACCAGCUCUGGGCGGGCCUGGGCUACUAUUCUCGAGGCCGGCGGCUGCAGGAGGGAGCCCGGAAGGUGGUAGAGGAGCUAGGGGGCCAUAUGCCACGUACAGCAGAGACCCUGCAGCAGCUCCUGCCUGGCGUGGGGCGGUACACAGCUGGAGCCAUCGCUUCCAUUGCCUUCGGACAGGCAACUGGUGUGGUAGACGGGAAUGUAGUGCGGGUGCUGUGCCGAGUCCGAGCCAUUGGUGCGGAUCCCAGCAGCACCCUCGUCUCCCAGCUUCUCUGGAGCUUAGCCCAGCAGCUGGUGGACCCGGUGCGGCCUGGGGACUUGAACCAAGCGGCCAUGGAGUUGGGGGCCACAGUGUGCACCCCGCAGCACCCGCGCUGCAGCCAGUGCCCUGUGCAGAGCCUGUGCCGGGCACACCAGAGGGUGGAGCGGGAACGGCUCUUGGGCUCACGGAGCCCGCCGGGCAGCCCUGACGUGGAGGAGUGUGCUCCUCACGCGGGGCCGUGCCAGCUCUGCGCGCCUCCCACGGAGCCCUGGGACCCGACCCGGGGAGUGACCAACUUCCCCAGAAAGGCCGGCCGCAGGCCCCCCAGGGAGGAGUACUCUGCCACCUGUGUUCUGGAGCAGCCCGGGGCCCUUGGGGGUCCUCGGAUUCUGCUGGUGCAGAGGCCCAGUUCAGGGCUGCUGGCAGGACUGUGGCAGUUCCCGGCUGUGACCGCGGAGCCCUCAGGGCCACAGCAGCGCGAGGCCCUGCUGCGGGAGCUGCAGAGCUGGGCUGGGCCCCUCCCAGCCCCCCGCCUCCGGCACCUCGGGCAGGUGGUCCACACCUUCUCUCACAUCAAGCUGACCUAUCAAGUAUACGGUCUGGCCCUGGAAGGGCAGACCCCGGUGACUGUCGUGCCACCUGGUGCUCGCUGGCUGACCCGCGAGGAGUUUCACACUGCAGCUGUCUCCACCGCUAUGAAAAAGGUGUUCCGUGUGUACGAGGGCCAGCAGCCAGGGACCUCCAAGGGUUCCAAAAGAUGCCCCAUGUCCACUCCAUCCAGCCGGAAAAAGCCCAGCCCGGGCCAGCAACUCCUGGAUAGUUUCUUUCGGCCUCACAUCCCGACGGAUGCAUCCAGCCUCAACAGUACUGCCCAGUGACACCUCUGGAAGCCCCCACUUCUGAGAAUCCGGUUUUUUAAUAAAGUGCUUAUUUUUUA